UCUUCCUGUUUCAUUCUGGAGGGGAGGAACAUAUUCAAGGUCCAGUAACUGCUGUAAGACUCGCCCCCUUUUGACUAUUGCGAAGAUGUUUGGAGAUAACUUGCGUGUGGUGUGCACGGUGCAGGCAUAGGCACCCAGGAGUGCUACGUUGGUUGAUCAAGUUGCGCCCGUUUUUUAAGGGGAUGGAGACUUAGUUGCAUUUACCCGAAUAAGUUUGAAGGUAUUGCCUCAAAAUGGUUCUUCAGCGCAUAUUCCGUGCUGUCGUGAUGGGACCCCCGGGUUCAGGGAAAGGAACGGUGUCUUCGCGUAUCACCAAAACUUUCGGACUGAAGCAUCUCUCGAGCGGAGAUCUGCUCAGAGCAAACAUCGAAUCCAAGACUGAGCUGGGUCUGCUGAUGAAGUCGUGCAUCGACCAAGGCCAGUUGGUACCUGAUGAUGUCAUCUCCCGCCUCAUCCUGAGCGACCUGCGGAAAAUGGGGAACAGCAGCUGGCUCUUAGAUGGUUUUCCCCGGACCGUGUCCCAGGCGGAGGCCCUGGACGGGGUCUACAGUGUGGACACGGUCAUCAACCUGGACGUUCCCUUCCAGACAAUCAAGGAGAGGCUCACCUCCCGCUGGACCCACCUGCCCAGCGGAAGGGUCUACAACACGGACUUCAACCCGCCCAAAGUGGCUGGUGUGGAUGAUGUGACCGGGGAACCACUGGUCCAGAGGGACGACGACACCCCGGAUACCGUCACCAGGAGACUCAAGGCCUACCAGACCCAGACCGAGCCAGUCCUAGAGUACUUCAGGAGUAAAGGGAUACUGGAGGUCUUCUCUGGCACAGAAACCAACAAGAUCUGGCCCCAUGUGCAGACCUUCCUGAAUAGAAAACUCUCCUAAAACGGAGGACGCUAGAGACGACUUGAAAUGUUUACCAGCAGAAACCUUGUUUAAGGUCUGUGUGUACGCUCCAGAGAUCGGGCGUCACAAUGACCUUUCAAUUUAGUGCCAUGCUUAUUGCAGCAACACUCCAGUAGAUUGUAUUUAAUAAUGUUUUAAAGAAAUAACGUUUUUGCUAUAGGCACAACUGCUCCUUUUGUAUUUAUAAAGGUGGUGGCUUUUAGAUGGUACACUUUGCAUAAUUAGAUGUCCUUGUUCCAUGGUUUUGCCUUUCGUGAACCUGAAUAAUGACUCAUGUAACACAACUUUCAAAAAAGGGAAUCGUCCAAUCAAAGCUUCUGUAAUUAGUUUUGAUUAAUUUGAGUUUAUUUGAUUUUACUUUGUCUAUCCACAUCUAAAAUAGAUGUAAACCAAUAACUGGUGGCAAGCCAUAUGCUUUCCUGAUUCUGUCUUGAAUAGAUGCACCUCAUGUGCUUUCGUCUUAAAAUGUUGAAUGAAAAAGCAAUACUCAAUGCUUAACUUCCUGUGAAAAAAGUAAUCUUGAUUGUUUGGUGAAAUUAUGAUUAUAUAUAAUUAUGUAAAAACAUGACUAUCUGGCUCAUGUACCCAAUGCACAGCGACAGGAGUACAAUAUGAAGUGCCUCUGAGAGUUAUUUCAUAAUUUUGUAGAUAUAGACACAGAAAUGAUGAGUGCAAGAGAUGUGACCAAAUAAUGAAGACGUCUCAUUCAUUGAUUUGUGGUAUAUUAUUUUUUCUAAGUCUUAACCUGUUAUCAGGAACUAAUGUAUCGACGUAGUGUUUAACUUAAAUCCCAAUGGCACUCCUGUUCAUUUUACCCUUACCCUGUCUAAACACUCCUAACAGCCCUUGAUCACAGAGGAGUAGUGAAACCAGCUGUAGCCGACAAAAAGCCCUUUCACACAUGCACUGUAGGCCCGACAUUCUCCAGUUUAUGCCCCGGGGUUUGUUGGGAUGCUGGUUUAACAUCAUGACAUGCACCUGUUUUAUUGUCAUUACAUUUCUGUGUUACUGGCCUAUAGUUUGUAUUUUGCGUAUCUUACGUCAAUGUAAUAUGUUUUCCAAGUCUUAAUUGCACAAAAGAUUUUUGGCUUGGUAAUUGAACUAAAUACUAAGGGAACAUUUGCCUUUAGUAGACUUAAAGGUUGGGUAUGGAAUUCUUUUUUGGCCAUUUUUGAAAAAUUACUGGAAAUCCUUAUCAUAACCCACUUACAGCCACUGAGUUAGAGGAACUGACAUGAAAAUUAAACAAGUCAAUCAUCUGUGGAACGGGCAGGGCUCGAAAACUCCAGCCAAUGAUUUCCAGAACUACCGAGUGGCAUUGGAUAGUAAGUACGUCAAUCAAACGUAGUUUGAUUGUAGUUGUAGUGCACUCCCCUUCUCCCGCGUGACCCCUUCGUGCACGUACUCAAAGCUCGUGACCCAGAGCAAGCUUCUGUUUGUUAUCCUGAGGUAGCUACUGGAGCUAGCUAACUAGCUAAUGGCUCGCUCUCGCGCAUCUGUGUUCGCGCUCGUGCAUUACGUAUUUGGAAUGGGUGGAGUUAGAGUCAGCGUUGAAGAAGAGGGGGCAGGACCAUUCGAGUUGUGUGUUUUCAAAAUCUGCUGGCGUUUCGCAAAUCCCAUACCCAACCUUUAAUCAAAGCACUUCUUCUUGAAUAACUUGUACUGUAUUGCCAACCACUAAAAAUCCGAGAUCAAUAGCUGCCUUUGAUUUGUAAUUGUAUACAUACACACAAAUUAAUAGAUUUAUGGUGUGUAAUAAAAAACGUCUAAUAAAAGUUGCUGUUGCAAUAUGCUCCUUCUGUAAUCCUUCUUUGGAU